AUGAAGUCAAUAUUAGUAUUAAUAUUAUUUAAUAUAAUAUUAACAAUAAGAAGAGUCGAAUUGUCAAAUAGCCAUCUUCAGCACGAAAACAACAAAAAGCUCCAAGAAUUCAAUAAUUUAGUAAAUAUUCAGAGAGAAAAUAACCAAAUUGGCUCGGGAAGUCGCAAGAACUCAGUGGAAUAUGUUGAUAUGAAUUCUGAUGACGAAUCUGAAGUUUCAACUAUUGAAACGGAUAACAAUUUGAAGGGCCGGAAAUCCAUACCAGCUGCUUUAAAUGAUGAAAAAACUAAGGAAGGUGCUAAAUUUGUUAUGAACUCUGACGAUAAAACUAAUGAGAGUCAAACUCAGGCUGCGGAAGAGUAUAAAGGAGAUGGCUUCACAUAUUAUGAGGAAUCACCUAAAGAAUUGAUGUCAUAUGAAUACAAUAACUAUUCUAAGACACCAAUAAGUGUUUUAGUUAAGGAAAAAAAUACAGUAUAUGAUAAAGAUAAUUAUGAACAACUGAAUUCUCCAGCAACAAAAAAAGAAGAGAAUUUGAGAUAUGAAUAUCACAAAAAAAUGCCAAAAUUCGAUCAGGAUCAAAAAAACAUGGCAGCAGACGUCAUGAAUUAUGUUCCAAGAUCACUGGUUCAUUUUGAUUCAUUCGAUCAAAUACCUGCCAAAGAAAGAAAUACAUUUCUUCAAAUCAGAGAAAGACCUGCAGCUACUAUAUCACCAAAUGGCCUUUAUUUAAUGAUGACAGGUAAAGCAGAAGAAGAAUGCCCAGAGAAUAAGUAUGAUAUUUUUAUCAGAAAAAAUAAAAAUAAAAGUUUGAAUAAGUUGGUUAAGCAAAAAAGAGCAAAAUUAUUAAAAAGGUUUAAAAAAUUAGAUCUAGAAAACAAGAAACAUGGAUUAAAGGUUGAUGCAAAUGAUCAAUCCAAAUUGGAUAGAUAUCAACUAUUAACAAUGAGUGAAUUCUUUUCGAAACGUCAAUGGAAGAAAUAUGAUCACAAGCUUAAAGAUGUUGUCCUUCAUAUUGAUAGUAUGAAUAAGGUAUUGGAAUUGUGCUAUAUGAAUUAUAUCACGUAUUCAAAAUAUGCAUCCACUUCUAAAUAUUAUGAAAGGCUUCCACGUAGAAUUAAGAAAGAAACUAAUGCAAUACAACAAAAGUUCAAUACUAUACCAUUCACAGCUUUGGGAAGUUACUUACCAACUGAGCAAGAUUUUGAAAUUCUCACUAAAUCUGUUAGUAAAAGUAUUAAAAAGGUGAGAAGAAGGUUAAAGCUUACUAGAGGUAAAAGGGUAUUGUUUAUUGCAUAUCAAAAAUCUCCAGUAACUUCAAUUAACUUACCUUUGGAUGAUGCAGCAAUUGAACAAAUGAUUAAAGGCCAAGUCUCACAAAAGAAACAGUAUAAGUAUAAAAGUUUUAAAAAGAUAUUUAAGCAGAUGAAAAAAACACAAUAUAAAAAAAACCCAAGAUUCAAUUUGGUUUAUGUUGAAACUAUUCAUGUAUAUUUAACAGUAUUAAAGAAUUUCUGGAUGUGUUUGGUUUCUGGAAUAUUUAAGAUAUUAAAACAUAAGCAAAUUACAUCUACAUGUAUUGUAGGUAAUGUUCCUAAUUAUUCUGUUGCAAAUAUCUUAAAUAGAGUAGCAAUUGCAAUGCUAAAGUCUUCUCCUAUCACAAAUGUUUCUAAAUUCAUUCUAUUUCCUGUUACUAUUGGAAAUGAAAAAUAUGGAUGUGAUCAAAAACAUAGUGAUCAGUUAUUUGGUCACAUGAUUGAAAGAUGGGACCAACCAAUAUUUACUUUGAAUGGAUAUCGUAUAUUAAAGAGUAUAUGGUAUGGAUCAAGACUUUAUAAAUACAAUCUGUCUAUCGUAAAUAACUAUGCAAGAUCUUUUGAUGCAUUGAGAUACCGUUUUCAAAAAACAUUUAAUAAUACUUCACCUGUUCUUAUACUACAACAAGCUUUUCCUUUUGGUUUCUUAACAAGAGUAAGUGAUUGUAAUCGUUUAUUGAGAGAUUUAAAGAAGAUCAAGUUGAUUAGAAUUACCUUGGUUUGUUUAAAAAAAAACGGUGGUACAGAAAGUAUUAAUCAAAAUGAUUUAUUAUUAAAAGAAAGUGAAUUAUUAGGUUUUACUACAACUAAAAAGCAAAGGAAAGAGGGACAAAAAAGGUUGGUUACUAUUAAUAAUGUUAAUUCUCCAAAAGAUAUGGAUAUAGUAAAUGAAUGGUUAAAUGGUUUAAGAACUAAGAUUCUUAAUAAUAAUAUUCAAAUGAUGAUCAUUCCGAUGAUGGUGAUUGAAAAGAAAUCCUUUAGAAAGAAUUAUAAAAGACUAAAAAAAGUUUUAAGGUUACAGAGAAAAAAGAAGUCAUAA